AUGGCGACCGAAGCUACAGUGCUGAGAAAAUGUGAGAGGCACGAGGAUUUGCCACGUCCGACCCCAAUCAUAUACACGAUUUCCGACGACGAAGAUACAGAUGACCACAGACCGUCACCACCAUCACCGAUGGUGGUGACGAUUUCUGACGACGAAGACGUCCCGGAUUUAGUGGAAACUGGAACAGAAAGUCAUGGUGCAAAGGCCCACACAUCGGCUCCGCGCACUCGACCACGUGGGAUGAUGCCUAACCCUCUAAAGCGUCCCAUCACAGAAGAUUCAUUGUUUUUUGCGAGAAAGAAAUUCCACUUCCAACCGGAGAGGGCGAAUGCGGCUAUGCAGAUCUUGCGCCAGGAGACUAGAAACAACGAGCUCCAGGACAGCGUUGAGGCCGAGACUCAAGAGGCACAUGAUGAUUCCAGUAAUCGAGCAGAGUUUCCGGACACAGUUGACCAGGCGGCAUCAAUCCAGAAGCCAGCAGAAGAUGGACGUACAAUGUCCCAUCUAGGGCAGGGCGAUGACGACGAGACUUCGAAAUCUUCGACAAAUUCCCAUGCUGUUGCACAGGGCUCCCAGAUCUUAUCCCCACGUCGAGAGACGUCUACUCGGAUACAUGCAAGAGGUAUGCAACAUACCAGGGCCAGUGACAAUCUACCAGAUCCCGAGAAAGAAGCAAAACUACCCUCCAUGAUAUCGCGUACGAGCAUUGAGUUCCUCACUGUGCAGAGCGCUAACCCGAUCCCAACAGAACUUGUAGUAUCAUCUUGGAUGAGGGACAAUAACUUCCCUUUGGACGACGAGCAUGCCCUGUUCGUCCCGGCGUCCACCCAGGAUCCCGAUGCUUCCGCAGUGACUACUGGGCCUCUUGAAGGACGAACAUCUGCCGAAGGUGUCAAACUUUAUGGUAUUACAAAAGAAAAUGCCAAUCACAGAGAAACCCCAGAAGCUGCUGAAAUUCGCGCCGAGGCACGGGCCCCAAUGGAGGAAGUUUCCAGCAGCAAGUACAACGCGUUUAAUCCUGCCGUUGAGGACGAAGCGCCUGUUACGAAUUCGACUCAAGACACUACUCGGACCAUCGCCAUACAGAAAGUCCAGACUGCUGGCCGUGAUGACGGUGACGAGAGGCAAGCCGAGCUCGAAGAGGUCAUUAGCGGAGGUCAGACGAAUAUCGUACCUGAGAGAACAGAAGAUGGGUCAGAUAUUCGGCUUGAGAGCUUGACCGACGCUCAAUCUCAGUUCGCUCUAGAUUCAAAUCUCUCGACUCCGAGUCGAAAUAAAUUAUUGGGCUCUGGUUCUACGCGUCCAAAGCCUACAAGCGGGAAAGAUAAAGAGCAGGGGAAUGAAAAGCGUGAAGCAGCGUCAGCACAAUCUCAGCCUUCGACUCCGAGUCGAGAAAUAUCACUGGGUUCUGGUUCUGCCCGUCCAAGGCCUACAAGCGGGAAAGAUAAAGGGAAGGGAAGUGAUAAGCAUGAAGCAGCGUCAGCACAGUCUCGCCCUUUGGCACACGGUCAAAAGGAACCAUUGGGCUCUGGUCCUACCCUUUCGAGGCCGACGAGCAAGCCAGAUGAGCAUAUUUCAAUCACUCCACACUCACCCUCACCCUCACCCUCACGUCCACAGCCGACAACUGGACUCACGACAGAGAGCAUUUCACCUGUGACGGAUCCAGCCAAAUUUCCAUCGAAUCAAUCUGCUCCGCGGCCAAAACCAGUGGCUCCUCCUGUCAACUAUCCUAAGCCAACUCGUCCAGUGUCCGGCAAGAACACACCGACGAAAUUCACGGACGCUGACCAGGCCGUGGCGAUUAAGAAGUUACGAGCAAAAGGCGUUGAAUUCGAACCGGAUUCCGAGGGUGACGAACCCAGUGACCCUGGUACUCCGGAAAGACCUCCCCCUCGCAAUGCUAAGCGGCCGUGUGCAAUCAAGGCCCAGGAUUCUCGGAAUCUAUAUGAAGUGGUCCCUUCCUUAGACCCGGCUAGAAAGCAAAAAAAACGAGGAUGA